CGACAACACCGCAGUACAAAAUAUUUUGUUGCGCACAGCUUCAGACGUCUUAGCAGAGGUCUACUACCAAAUUGGUAUACUACCAAAUUGAAAUUCAGGGCUACUACCAAAUUGUGGUCUACUAGCAAAUUGUCUGUACGAAGUUUGCAAUCUAACGUGUGAUUAGAGAAUCUCGCAUCUAUAUUUAAGCAAUGGAUUUACCAAAGUGCCUGAUCGACAACGUGGAUGGUGUGCUUCGACCUGUCCCAGAUGCCAUCGACCACCUUAUGACGAUCCGUCAGCCCGUCGUCGUAGUGUCGGUGGUCGGGUUGUACCGCACCGGCAAGUCUUACCUCAUGAACAAGCUGGCUGGCAGGAAUGACGGAUUUGCUUUGGGAGCCACCAUACAGUCCAAGACUAAGGGCAUCUGGAUGUGGUGUGUGCCUCAUCCUAAACUAGCUGACCAAACUCUGGUGCUGCUGGACACAGAGGGACUAGGGGACGUAGAGAAGGGAGAUUCCAAGAACGAUGCCUGGAUUUUCUCCCUGGCUAUUCUGCUCAGCAGCACUCUGGUCUAUAACAGUCGAGGGACCAUAGACAACCAGGCUGUGGAGAACCUCCACUAUGUGAAGGAGCUGUCAGAGAGAAUCAAGGUGAAGUCCCCCAGCCAUGCUUCAUCCAGUGAGGAGGAUGAGGAGGAGGGAGGGGAUGCCCAGUUUGUCCAGUUCUUUCCUAACUUUGUCUGGGCAGUCAGAGAUUUUACUCUGAACCUCAACAUUGAUGGUAAAGACGUGACUGCAGACGGGUAUCUGGAGCACUCUCUGGAACUCAAGAAAGGUACGGCCACAAAUACGAAGAUCAUGAACUACAACCUCCCACGGGAGUGCAUCCGCAACUACUUCCCCACACGCAAGUGCUUCGUGUUCCCGAUCCCUACUUCCUCUGCAAACAUGUCCCGACUGGAGUCCAUAGAUGAGAAGGAGCUCUGCCAAGGCUUCAGGGAGACCGCAGACACUUUCUGCAACUACAUUUUCCAGAUGAGCCGCGUGAAAACUGUCAAAGGGGGUGUAGAAGUUACUGGUAGAAUGCUUGGCCACUUGGUCAAGAUGUAUGUGGAGACCAUCUCCCAGGGAAAAGUUCCCUGUCUGGAGAACGUGGUGCUGGCCGUGGCCCAGAUAGAGAACCAGGCAGCGGUGGAGGAGGGGCUGAAGCUGUACCAGAGCUGCAUGGAGCCGCUGAAGACCCGGUUCCCAGUGGACAUGGACCAGAUGUCAGAUCAACACCAACGCGCUGACCAGCAGGCCACCCAAGAGUUCAUGAACCGUUCCUUUAAAGACGAAAAUGGGGAUUUCGGGGAAAUCUUGCACGUAAGAGCAAUGCAAAAUGAUUAUUGCUUAGAUAAACUACAAUACAAUGUGUGUACUUUAGUUGUGGUUGUUUUGUUCUUGUCUGACCUCUUCCAGAAUGGUAUUACGAAGCACUACGAGGAACUUCUGACCCAAAAUGGGGAAGCCUCAGAGAAGAAGUGUCAGGAUCUGCUGAGGGAUCUCUCCGCUCCGGUCUCACAGAAGAUCCAGGACGGGUUCUUUGCCAAACCAGGUGGCUACCAGCUUUACUGUGAUCUCCACGACAAUUUGGUGGCACAGUAUCGUUCCACACCUAACAAAGGAAUCCAGGCUGAGGAGGUUCUGGAGCGGUUCCUGAAGGAGAAGAGUGUUGAGUCCAACUCCAUCUUACAAGCUGACCAGAAACUUACUGACAGCGAGAAGAGGAUCCAUGAGGAGAAGGAGAAAGCUGCUUUGCUGGAGCAGGAGAAGAAAGCUACAGAGAAGAAAUAUGAAGAGAUGGAGCUCAAAAUGGAGGACGAUCGCAGGAGCCAGGAGGAGAAGAUGAAGAAGAUGGAGCAGAAAAUGAAUGAGGAGUUUAGCCAACAGCAGAAGGAGUUCAACAUGGCUUUAGAAUGUAAGCUGAGGCAGCAGAGGGAUCUUCUAGAGAAGGGUCACAAGGAGAAGGCUGACGCAAUGGGGAUGGAAAUAACAGGGUUAAAACAGGAGGUAUCCGGGCUGAAGGCUAGGUUUAUGAAACCCAUUCAGGCGGUGAAAAAAAAAUGUGUUAUUUCCUAAAAGCCAUAUAGGAGGCAGCACCAUAGGGUCAUCUCCUGCAUGUCUUCUCUGCUCUCUCUUCCUCCUCUCUCUGUCAUUCUUUCACUGUCAAUCAAAAUAAAUGUAAGUUAAGAUGAAUGUUAGAAUGUUAAGAUUGCAGUUGAUGUUCCAGACAUUAUCUGCCAAUAUAAGGCAAGUACACCCAUUGUUUGUGCUGUUUUACAUGUGUAGCCUUUGUGAAUUGGCUAAACUGACUCCUCAAGUAUACAGACCACCCGUGCCUGCUGCUGACUGCUAGCCUGUCUGUUACUGCAACGUCAUGGAGAUGAGACUUGAAUCCAUUACAGAUUUAAGACAACAAAUGUCAACAGUCUUUUGUCACAUUUAAUGUAAUUUCUUCAUUGUCUUUACCUAUGUUUGAGUUGCAGUAAUAUCUUGACGCAAAUUCACAUAAUUUCCAUUUUGUUUUUGAAUGUUUCUUGGAAUACCAAUAAUUGUGACAUGCAUAUUUUUUUAUAACAAUUACAAAAUAUAUUUAUUGGUAACUAUUGUGUCUUUUAACAUGAACUCAAUAAAAUAUUGACCUUUUAGGGUGCUAAAA